AUGGCCGAAAUCAAAUUCUUCUUUGCCUCAGGCGCCUGCUCACUUUGUCCCCACAUUCUCCUACAUGAAAUCGAAGCCGACUUCAAGCCCUUCCAGGUCACCAACAAAGGCCCGGAGGUCAGAUUCUCUGAAGACUUCCACCGAAUCAAUCCCAAAAUGCGCGUUCCGGUGAUUGCAGUCGACGAGCAAGUCAUCACCGAGCUUCCCGCCGUGGCCACGAUCAUAUCCAGUCUGGCGCCCGAGAGAGGGUUAAUGGGGAAGAAUACUCUUGACACUGUUCGAGUUUACGAGUGGAUGAAUUAUCUGUCCGGGACUUUGCAUGCCGGAGGAUUUGGCCACUUGUUUCGACCUGACCGCUGGACUACUGCGACCGAUCCUUCAAGCUUGGACGGAGUGAAACUCAAGGCUCGGGAAAGGGUGAUUGAGUGCUUUCAAUAUAUCGAGGAGAGAUUAGACGGUGUACAUGCAGUAGGGGGGUAUUUCACGGCCGUGGAUCCAUUCCUCUACGUUUUCUAUCGAUGGAGGACGAUGCUCGGCGAGGAUAUGUCGGUUUAUACAAAGUACGCCGCGCUGGUAAGGAAUUUGGAGACGCGCCCUGCGGUACGAAGGACUCUGCAGAAGGAGAAUCUGUCACUCAUAUAUUGA